AUGUGUCUAAAUAAUCUCUUGUCAAUCCUUUGUUUUGUCCAGGUCUUUAGCUCCGGCUACGUGUCUGCACAAAAAUGUGGAGAGAAUAUGUUUUUCAGACCAAACGGUACUUACGAUACAAACCGUCGUCUCAUUCUCUCAACUCUUGCUUCCCACGUCAGCUCUGGAGACGGCUACUACAAUGUUACCGUUGGUGAAGGCCCUGGAAAGAUCUAUGCCUUAGGCCUCUGCAUCCCAGGGACUGAUCCAAAGGUGUGUUCCGAUUGUAUCCAAGCCGCGUCUGUCGGUUUAUUACAGAACUGUCGGAACCAGACCGACUCAUGGGACUGGAGAGCAGUCAAGACGCUCUGUUUCGUUCGUUACUCCAACAGCUCGUUCUUCAACUCCAUCGAUCUGGAGCCGACACAAGCAGAAUACAAUAAAGGAAUGUACCAGGGUAAUGUUACAACUUAUACAAGAAUAUGGAACUCGUUCAUGGAAGUUAUGAUCACCCGAGUCGGACAAACUCCAUCUCGAUACUUGUCCGAUGUAUCGCCUAGGAUAGGUGAAAGACUUGAUGAUAAUGUAUACGUGCUGAUGCAGUGUAUUCCAGGGAUAUCCUCUAAAGAGUGUGAAUCUUGUCUUCAAGAAAAUGUGCGUACAAACCAGAGAUGCUGCAAUGGGUACAUAGAUGGAAGCGUUCGCAAGCCCGUUUGCUUUAUCCGGUGGGAUGAUUAUGCAUAUCUUGGUGCAUUUGAUGCCUUUAAUGACACACAUUCUCGACCUACGCCACCUUCUCCUACUCCUCCUCCUCCUACUCCUCCUCCUCUCCCUCCCACUCCUUCUCCAGAUGGGAAAAGAAUUGCUAGAAGAGCUAUUGUGGCGAUUGUUGUUUCCACAGUUACAUUCGUGGUGCUGCUUGCUUCUGGAUUAGUUAUUUGGAAGAGAUCAUACGAAACAGUAAAACUUCAAACUGAUGAUGACAUGACUAGUCCACAGUCCCUACAAUAUGAUUUUGCGACAAUUGAAGUGGCAACAAAUAAAUUUUCGAGAAGUAACAAGCUAGGUCAAGGCGGAUUUGGUGAAGUUUACAAGGGAAUGCUACUAAAUGAAACAGAGAUUGCAGUGAAGCGGCUAUCGAGAAACUCGGGACAAGGCACACAAGAGUUCAAGAAUGAGGUUGUGAUUGUGGCUAAGCUUCAGCACAAGAAUCUUGUUAGGCUUCUUGGGUUUUGCAUAGAAAGAGAUGAACAUAUACUUGUCUACGAGUUUGUUCCAAACAAGAGCCUUGAUUAUUUCCUCUUUGACGCUACAAAGAAGAGUCAGCUAGAUUGGAAAAGACGGUACAACAUCAUCGAAGGAAUUACGCGAGGGCUUCUUUACCUUCAUCAUGACUCAAGGCUCACAAUCAUACAUCGGGACAUCAAAGCGGGUAAUAUUCUUCUAGAUUCUGAUAUGAACCCUAAAAUAGCGGAUUUUGGAAUGGCUAGGAAUUUCAGAGUGGACCAAACUGAAGACACGACACGAAGAGUGGUUGGAACCUUCGGUUACAUGCCUCCAGAGUAUUUGACGCGUGGCCAAUUCUCUACUAAAUCUGAUGUUUAUAGCUUUGGAGUAUUGAUUCUCGAGAUUGUUUGUGGCAUGAAGAACAACAGCCUCUGUCAGAUGGAUGACUCUGAUGGCAACUUGGUGACACAUGUUUGGAGGCUUUGGAACAAUGAAUCCCCCUUAGAACUCAUCGACCCCUCGAUUAGGGAAAAUUAUGAGAAGGAUGAAGUCAUUAGAUGCAUCCAUAUCGGAUUAUUAUGUGUUCAAGAAACUCCUGCAGAUCGUCCAGCGAUGAGUACAAUCUUUCAAAUGCUUAUCAAUAGCUCCGUUGUCCUACCUGUGCCUCGACCUCCUGGAUUUUUCUGCACGAAUAGACCCAAUAUAGACCCUUCAACAUAUAGACCAAAGAUUGAAAAUUCUGGCUGCAAAUCUGUUCUUUAUUCUAUAGUCAGUCCUCGUUAAAAUUCUUGCUUUUCCACUCUGUAUUUAGCCCUUGUCCGUACAGUUUUUCUUGUACCACAAGCAAGUCCAAUUUCAAAUUCUAUGUGUAAAGAGGUUGGAGAUUCA